AAUAAAAGAAAUAUUAAUGGCGAAUAAAUAAAAAAAAAUGGAGUAAUAGAAUAUCUCUUUUAAUAAUCUACAAGAUUUAAUGAAAUCUAACUUGAAAGCUCUGACUCAUAUUGACUUACAGUUAAAAAAUUGUAUUCUUAAUAACGAAAAAGUUACUUAGCUUAACACCUCUUUAAUCUAAUGUUAAAAAUUAGAAUCUUUAGUAUUAAAUCUUAAUAAGGAAAAUAUUUCAGACGAAUAGAUAAAUUAAUUAUUUGCUGAAAAUUCUUUCAUUAAGAAUUUAGUUGAAACUGGUAAUAAUGUGAGCAAUGAUUAAAUUUAUGCCCAAAUUAAGUUUUUCAGAAGUAUUUUAUAAGGGAUACAUGAAGUCUGUAAAGAACCUAGAUUAAAUGAAAUUGAAGCUUAAGGAAAUAUUCUAUUAGAAGAAACUAUGAGCCAUCUAAUUAAUCUAAAUAGUUUACAACUAAAUUUAGAUGGAAAUUAAAUUGGAGAUGGAGGUGCAGUUUCGAUUUGCAAAGUAUUACGUAGAUGUUAAACACUUACAAACUUAAAUCUAUAACUUUGGAAAAAUGAAAUGAGUGACAAAGCGAUAUAGAGUAUUGCUGAAGGUAUUAGUAGCUGCACUAAACUCACAAAUUUAACUUUAAACAUAGUAUCAAAUUUAUUCGGAAAAGAAGGUGCAUUUUCUAUUAGUACAGCAUUAAGUAGCUGUAGAAUAUUGACUCAUCUAGAUAUUAACCUCUCCAACAAUUAAAUUGGAGAAGAAGGAGCACUUGCUGUUUGUAGAGUAUUAGAUAGUUGUAAAUUACUUAUCAAUCUAAAACUUAUGCUUUGUAAUAAUUAAAUUGGGGAUGAAGGAGGAUAAUCAUUUGGAAUGGCAUUAAGUAGCUGCUAGUAACUAACUAAUUUAAAAUUUAGUCUAAUGAAAAAUAAAAUAGGUGAUAAAACAGCAUUAAGUGUUGGAUUAGGUUUAAGUAAAUGUAAUCAACUUACCAAUUUAGAUAUUGGAAUGGAAUUAAAUUAAAUUGGAAAUGAUGGAGCUUCUGCUAUUGGUAGGGCUAUUGGUAACUGUAAAUACCUUACUAAUCUUUAGUUUUAGGUUUAUGGAAAUAAAAUUGGAGAUGAAGGGGCUUCAAAUAUAGGAUUAGGUUUAAGGAACAGCACUCAACUUAUAAAUUUAAAAUUUAUUAUAAGAUAAAAUUAAAUUGGGGAUAAUGGAGCUACUUCUAUUGGUAAUGCACUUGGUAACUGCAAAUUCCUAACAAAUCUUGUUUUUGAUAUUUCGAAAAAUAAAAUCGGUGAUGAAGGAGCAUAAAAUAUUGGAAUAGGUUUGAGUAAUUGCACUCAACUUACAAAUUUAGAUUUUAGGAUAUGGGAAAAUAAAAUUGGUGAUAAAGGAGCAUAAAAUAUUGGAUUAGGUUUGAGUAACUGCACUCAACUUACAAAUUUAGUAUUUAUGAUAUGUUCAAACUAAAUUGGGGAUGAUGGAGCUUCUACUAUCGGUGCUGCACUUGGAAAGUUCAAGUGCCUUACUAAUCUCGAUUUUGAUAUUUCGGAAAAUUAAAUAGGUGAUGAAGGAGCAUAAAAUAUUGGAUUAGGUUUGAGUAAUUGUACUUAACUUACAAAAUUAGGAUUGCAGAUACAAUAAAAUAAAAUCUGUGACGAAGGAGCAAAAUGUAUUGGAUUAAGUUUGAGUAAAUGCACUCAACUUACAAAUUUAUUAUUUUGGAUAAGCUCGAAUUAAGUUGGGGAUGAUGGAGCUUCUACUAUUGGUACAGCACUUGGAAACUGCUAAUUACUUACUAAUCUUGCUUUUGAUAUUUCAUAAAAUAAAAUUGGUGAUUAAGGGGCAUAAAAUAUUGGAUUAGGUUUGAGUAAAUGCACUCAGCUUACAAAUUUAGUAUUUUUUAUGAAAGAAAAUUAAAUUGGGGAUGAUGGAGCUUCUACUAUUGGUACAGCACUUGGAAACUGCUAAUUACUUACUAAUCUUACUAUUGUUAUUUCAUAAAAUAAAAUUGGUGACAAAGGAGCCUAGAAUAUUGGAUUCGGUUUGAGUAAAUGCACUCAACUUACAAAUUUAAAAUUUGUAAUAAGUUCAAAUUAAAUUGGAGAUGAUGGAGCUUCUACUAUCGGUACAGCACUUAGUAACUGCUAAUUACUUACUAAUCUUACUUUUGCUAUUUCUUCAAAUAAAAUUGGUGAUAAAGGAGCAUAAAAUAUUGGAUUAGGUUUGAGUAAUUGCACUCAACUUACAGAUUUAGUAUUUUUUAUGGGCUUGAAUUAAAUUGGGGAUGUUGGAGCUUCUACAAUAGGUACAGCACUUGGUAACUGCAAAUUGCUUACUAAUCUCGAUUUUAAUAUUUACUGGAAUUAAAUUGGGGAUGAUGGAGCUUCUACAAUAGGUAUAGCACUUGGUAAAUGCAAAUUACUUACUAGUCUUACUUUUGGUAUUAGUCAUAACAAAAUUGGUGAUAAAGGAGCAUAAAAUAUUGGAUUAGGUUUGAGUAGUUGCACUCAGCUUACAAAAUUAGAAUUACUGAUAUUCGAAAAUUAAAUUGGGGAUGAUGGAGCUUCUGCAAUAGGUACUGCACUUGGUAACUGCAAAUUACUUACUAAUCUCAAUUUUAAGAUUUCCCACAAUUAAAUUGGAGAUAAUGGAAUUAUUACUAUAGUUACAGCACUUGGUAACUGCAAAUUCCUUACUAAUCUUACUUUUAAUAUUAAGGGAAAUAAUAUUGGUGAUAAAGGAGCAUAAUAUAUGGGAUUAUGCUUGAGUAACUUCACUUAACUUAAGAAUUUAGUUUUUAACUCAGAAAAUUAUGAGAAAUUUCUAAAAUCCAGAGAAAUCAUUAACUGUAAAAAUAUAAAGUUAUUGAAGCUUGAUAUUUAUUUUCCAGAUGAUAGAUAAACUAUUAAAAGAUUAGCUUAAAAAAUAAAAAGAUUAGUUAAAUUAAAUGUAGAUUGA